GGGGAGAAAUGGGUGGGUCAGAUGCAGGUAAUGGAGGCUGAUCAGCCGCACUUGUGUUUAAGGUGGCUGCCAGUCGUGCAAAAGCUGCACAGGCGGCCACACCCCGUGUCUGAUGCACACGCAGGCCCAUAAUGCUAAAGAAAUCGUGGCCACAUUGUUGGCAUCGAACUCGACAUGCACUAUUCCGCGCUAGUGUGUAUUGAGCGCGGCGUCGUCGUUCUGUACGGUUGCAGGCAUGGCGUCGGAGCAGAUCUCGAUUGUACUAUCCAUGGACAAACGAGGCCGUUGUCUUGGAGACGGUGGUGGAGACGGGGAGCACCUCCGUCGACGAGGUGUAGAGGAGGGGGGGGAGUUGACGAAGAGGGUAUAAAAACGGAGGAAGAAGAAGAAGCAGAAGAAGGGGAGGAGGAAGCAGCAGCAGAGGAGGGGUUAGAUGACUGGGGGGAUGAUGUAGAAGAAGAUGUCUGCGGGGAGGGUGGUGGCAAUGAUGAUGGGUAUGAUGAUGGGGAUGAUGAUGAUGGUGGCGGGGAUGCCAAUGGCGAUGGUGGUGGUGGCGGUGGUGGGGGAGGAGGUGGGGGAGGAGGUGGUAGUGGUGAUGGUGGUGGUGGUGGAGGAGGUGGUGAUGGUGAUGGUGGCGGUGGUGAUAGCGACACUGAUGAGGAAGGCACCAUUUCGGCAGCAAUAGCCGCAUUGGUAGGAUUGAAACGGUAUUCACCAAUUCGUGGUAGCUGAGGCAGAUCCCAGGGCUUGAUCCCUAGUUCCCCAACUUACCUGUGUAUAAUAUCUACGUCAACUCGAAGAGUUGAACCUGCGA